CACACCCCAACUCUUCAUCCAAACAUCAACAUGUUCGCUCGUGUAGUUAGACCAGGGAGACUCUCUUCGCCAGUAGGUGCGCGUGCUCUUGCAGCAACCCGUUCCAUGGUUCCAUCCAUGGCCCAGACUCGUUUCUAUUCGUCUUCUGGUGGAUCAUCUUCCAAUGGUGCCAAGGGUAAAGUGCUCUUGGCCUUUGGUGCCUUGGCUAUUGGGUCCACUAUUUGGGCUGCCACUUACAACAAGAACCCACCAAAGUCCGCAGUGGAACCAAGCUCAGCUUCCAAGCCAACUCGUUCAUUCAAGGAUGGUGAAGUUUCUGUGAUUUUCGUUCUUGGUGGCCCAGGUGCCGGAAAGGGAACUCAAUGUGCUAACCUUGUUAGAGACCAUGGGUUCGUUCAUCUUUCUGCUGGUGAUUUGCUCCGUGCCGAACAAACCAGAGAGGGCUCUCAAUACGGUGCCAUGAUCGCCCAAUACAUCAAGGAUGGCCUUAUUGUUCCUCAAGAAGUCACCAUUGCUCUUUUGGACCAAGCUAUCAAGGAACAAUUUGCCAAGGGUUCAACCAAAUUCCUUGUAGAUGGAUUCCCUCGUAAGAUGGACCAAGCAAUUACCUUUGAAGAACAAAUCGCUCCUUCGUCCUUCACUUUGUUCUUUGAGUGUCCUGAACAAGUCAUGUUGACCAGAUUGUUGGAAAGAGGAAAGACUAGUGGACGUGCUGACGACAACGUCGAAAGUAUCAAGAAACGGUUUAGAACUUUUGUAGAAACUUCCAUGCCAGUCGUUGAAUACUUUGAAAAGCAAGGGAAGGUUGUUAAGGUGAGCUGUGACAAGCCUGUUGAUGAAGUUUACGAAAGUGUGAAGAAAGCUAUGUCUGUUAGAGGUAUCUAAAUCAAUGGCUGA